GGUUGCGGCUGCGCCGCGAGCUGUUCCUCGCUUGGGACCGCGGCUGGUCUGCCGCCGCCCCCUACUCCGCAUCUGCCGAGCCCUCCCGGGUCCGGGCGCUGGUCUAUGGGCACCACGGGGACCCAGCCAAGGUCGUCGAUUCAUAUGGCAUCACAGGUGUACAGCCUUGGCCUCAAAGGAGCCAUUGUGACCUUAUCCAGUCUGGGAUCUGUUGAGUGAAGACAGUGGCAUCCCUCCGAGUUGCAUGGCGCCAUUACACUCACAGGGGAAGGCCGUGAACAGUCCCGGGGAAGUGACUUGAGAUCUAGCCAGACUGUGUUUGGGUGCCUCAUUUGCACUCCAGAACACAGCCACCGGUUCCUUUGAAUGGUAUCCUUGACGACGCCGUUAGAACUAUGUGCAGGAACAGCAGUGUCUGUGGUGUUAAUGGCAUUCCACGGGGCAGGCUGGGGCUGGUCUCCCUGGUGAGAUGCAGCUGGACCAACACACCUCCCGCCGGGCAAGCAGCAUGUGUCAGGGCUGCCCCUGCCCUCACCCACCUGUGUUUGCAGCUUCAGCUUUCCAUCUCCUAGACCCUCAUCCCUGCCCUGCUCUCCUUCCCUCCCACUGCUUUGAAUUUCAGCCAGCACAGAGCAGCUAGGCUACCCAGAGGACAAAGAAGAGAACUGGGAGCAGGUCGUAGCCCGCCAUAAAAUCAGAAUAAUGGCAGAAAGCUGGCAUGGAAAGCACUUCAGAGUGCCUCAGUGACUGAAGAACCUGGAGCUAGCUGCUGUGGGUGGAUCAGACGUCCAUGUGAAGAUGCUGGCGGCCCCUAUCAAUCCAUCUGACAUAAAUAUGAUCCAAGGAAAUUAUGGCCUCCUUCCCAAGCUGCCUGCUGUUGGAGGGAACGAAGGCGUUGGACAGGUGGUGGCAGUGGGCAGCAGUGUGACUGGGGUGAAGCCAGGAGACUGGGUGAUUCCAGCCAGUGCCGGUUUGGGAACCUGGCAGACCGAGGCUGUGUUCAGUGAGGAAGCACUGAUCAGCAUUCCGCGUGACCUCCCUCUUCAGAGUGCUGCCACCCUGAGUGUCAAUCCCUGCACGGCCUACAGGAUGUUGAUGGACUUCGAGCAGCUGCAGCCAGGAGACUGUGUCAUCCAGAAUGCGUCCAACAGUGGAGUGGGGCAAGCAGUCAUCCAGAUCGCCGCGGCCCUGGGCCUGAGGACCGUCAAUGUGGUCCGAGACAGACCUGACCUCCAGAAGCUGACUGACAGACUGAAGAGUCUAGGGGCUGAGCAUGUUCUCACAGAAGAGGAGCUAAGAAAGCAUGAGAUGAAAAACUUCUUUAAGGACGUGCCCCCGCCGCGGCUUGCUCUCAACUGUGUUGGCGGGAAAAGCGCCACAGAGCUGCUGCGACACUUAGCGCCUGGGGGAACCAUGGUGACCUACGGGGGAAUGGCCAAGCAGCCCGUCAUAGCCUCUGUGAGCCAGCUCAUUUUUAAGGAUCUCAAACUUCGAGGCUUUUGGUUGUCCCAGUGGAAGAAGGACCAUAGUCCAGCCCAGUUCAAGGAGCUGAUCGUCACGCUGUGUGGUCUCAUCAGCCGGGGCCAGCUCACAGCCCCCGCCUGCUCCGAGGUCCCACUGCAGGACUACCAGCGUGCCUUGGAAGCCUCAGUGCAGCCCUUCGUGUCUUCAAAGCAGAUUCUCACCAUGUGCUAAUCGCGGAGGAGCGGAGCGAGGUGGGAGGGGAGAUGGAUCGGCAGGACUGGUUUCUGGCGCCUCCGUCAGGGCCCUCUCAGCCUUCCCCAGGCUGCCCUCUCCUCACUGUCACUUCCGACUGGGAGGGUUGUGAAGCCAGCCAAGGCUUGCCCCAGGGCCAGCCCCAGGGUAUCUAAUAAAGUGAACUUCCUAAAAACACAUACAUACAAACCCACAGAAGUCAUCCCUGUCAAGAAGGACCCUCAUUGUACACAUGCCAUUCCCCAGCACUAAGAAGACCCCUUGCCUGUCCUCUACUUGUCCCCCAGUGAUGAUUUCCUGACGGCCCUGAAACAAAGCAAGGGUAGGCACUGGCAGGUACAAAAGCCAGUAGGAUGCAGUCUCCACCCUCGGGCUCUCCACAGGGGAGCAAAAAGGAACGUCUGACUCAUUCUGUGUAGUAUGUGGCUCAGUCUGGGGCCGGAGGAGGAUCAGCUACAUGGGAGAGUGAAUGCCAGGCUGAGGAGCCAAGGAAAUGGGGUCUCAGCUGGCUGGACCACCCUAUGGAAUGCCUGUUCUACCUGGGGAGAUGGUUGUUACACCAGUGCUUCUCAGCCUGAAGUCAUUUUACCCCCAGGGGAUGUUUGACAGUGUCUGGAGACAUUUUUUGUCAUAAUUGAGAGGGUGCUAUUGGCAUCUAGUGGGUAGAGGUCAGUGAUGCUGCUCAGACAUCCUGUGGUGCACACAACAGCCUUCCUCAACAAAGAAUUACCCAGCCCAAAAUGUCCAUAGUGCCUGGGUUGGGAAACCCAGCAUUAAGCUAAGAGUCCCAAAACAACUGCCAUGGUUGUUGGGCUUAAACAUGUGGGAGAUUCGUGGGCUUAAACAUGUGGGAGAAGUGCUAUGAGGCCAUCACUGAUCAGGGUCUUGUCCUAGGCCUGCGGUCAGGGGAACCUUCCUGACAUGAAGCUUGAAAGUGGGCUCUGAAAAUGAAUAGUUUUAUUCAGACAAAAAGAGUUUGACAUUAUAUGACUUCUUGGUGUUUGCCUAAUGAGCUACUCACCCAGAGCAAAAAACUAGAGACUUUGGAAUGUAUUAACUGGAUACCUAGUAUGUGCCUAAGGCGAGGGAUGCUGGUGGUGGGGGAGGGGGGCCUGGCCCUCUAGUUGCUUAGCCCAGAGCAGGGAACAGACCUUCCCAGUAUACUAAUGAGGCCACUGACUCAGGUGUUCAGAGGGCCAUGGGGACAUAGCAGUUCUGCCUGAGGGUUUGAAGGAAGGCUUCAUGGAGGAGGUGUCACCCACAGCAAAUCUUGAAGGCCAAGCAGGAAAGCGUGUACCAAGCAAAAACAACAGCACAUGUGAGAGUUUGGAAGGCUGGAAGCCUGGCUCUGCCGCCUGAGACGGGAGAGUGUGAGGACUGAGGUGGGAGCUGUGAGCAGAGGUCAGAGCAAGAAGAUUCGAGAAGUCAGCACUUAACCUUCAGAGCAGGGGAGGCACAGAGGGAUUUUCAGUAGCAGAGUGAUGUGGGAAAACUGGCUCAGAAGGCCAGAGUGCACUCAGGCUUAGCGGCAUGAAAACAUGUACGCAGGCCCACAGCAUAAUGCUCUUGCCUUUGGGAGCAACUUCUGUGUCCUCUGGAGAAAAGGACUUAGCUUCAGCCCAGGGUUGGGGAAGGUCUGCAGGUGUCUUCUGGAUAAUAGUUGCUACCUUUUGCACCUAGGCUCAAGAUCAGCCCCAACCUGCCCAGGUCCCUCCUGUCCCCUGUCCUCUAUCCUUGACAUUAGUGGGACAGCUGCCUUGUACAGAUGGUCAACAUGGGCUAGUGAAAAAAGCCUGAGAGGGUGGGAGAGGCUGCCCAAAGGCUACAGGAGUGAACAGUUAAGUUUAGGUUCUUCAGGGGGAGUCCACAAUGUUGGGCUUAGGGGGAGUGAUGAGCCUGCAGCCAUGGGGAGGGAGCAACCCCUGGUACAGACUCAGAGGAGGCAGACUGGAAGGAGGAAGGUUCAUAACACCAUGGUUAGAGACCCCAUGGAGGGUUGUGCAAAAUGUCCUGACAACAGUAGCUCUAGGGGUCUGGAGAUGACAUUUGGGCUGUGCUUUAAAGGAUGAUUAUAGUUUUCUCAGGCAGGGAAGAGAGACAAGCAUAAACUAAGGGGCCAGAUUAAGCUAAGUUAUAGAAGCAGGACAUUUAUGUUAGAAUCUUCUCAUUUCCCCCAAAUAUCCAUUCUCUUUCUUAGAAUGCUGACAACUUUUAGGUCAGCAUAUGGUAGGCUGGAAUAAAGUUUUCCUGCCUUCCUUGCAGCAGACAGGUCUGUCCCUUGUCAUGCAAACAGAGGUGGUAGGUGUCAAUUUCUUAAGAACCUCUUUAAAAUAUAGCUGGCAUCCAUCCAGUACCUUUUUCUUCCCUUUCCACCUUCCUCCUGGCUGGGACACAGACCCGAUUCCUGGAAUUCGCACAGCCAUCUUUGAUCAUGUUAAGAAUGGGUCAGCGACAAGAUCCAAGAAGCCUGGGUCCCGGUCACCCAGAUGCCCCAACUGCCCACCUCAGGAUUUGUUUUACAUGAGAAAGAAGCUUCUGUGUUAUUUAGGUUCCUAGUAUUUGGGCUUUCUCUGAACCUAAUUAUAACUGAUAACAUAUUCUCUGAUUUAAUUUAUAUUGAAAUCAUUCAAGCUAAAGCUGAAAAAGUGAAUUGUGGUAGUUUAGAAUUCCCCAAUAAGGAAUUUGAACUUUAUCCUACUGGCAGUAGGGAACAAAAGAUUUCUGAGCCAGAAGAUGAGAACUGUGCUUUGGGGGGAGGGAAAAAAUUCCUUUGGCAGCAGGUUAGGGGACAGUUGGGAGAAGGGAGGCACUAAAAGAAGAGAUAACAUCAGAAUUCCCAGGUUUCUGAAUUUCAAAUAAGGAAAAUCCCCUGAAACUUCAAAGACCAACAUGGAGAUUACCAACAUUGCAGAGGCCAGCAAGGAGAGGAGACUGUGACAAGACCAUAGAAAGAAUCGAAGUUCAAAUGGAUCAUCUCUUUGCACACUUUACAAGUAUAGGAGGCUAUUUUUCAUUUUCAGGCUGAAUAAUUUCUCUGUAGAGUGGGGACAGCUCUUCAGGCCCACUAAGUAAACAGAAUCCUUUUUAAAUGGCUGGAGGAGGAACCUUGGGCUCCAGGAGACUGAAAGAAAACAGACAUUACCUCCUAAACCAAAGCUCGAGCACACCUGACGCCCCAAGGCUUCGUGACUCUGGCGCUUGGUGUCUUCUGGAAGCAUCCACCCUGCAACUACCUACAGCCACUGCCAUAAUAUUGAUGACUGCUUUGUGUCUUGGGAGAUGAGAUAAAUAAGCCUGCUCUCCUCAGAGAAAGACUUGAGACCCACAAGGUUCUUGCAUUCAUCUGUGUGUGGCAGGCAUGCCUGUCCUUGUGCCAGGAAGCUCUUGGCUGCACCUACCAGGCUCAUACUUGUUGGUAGGCACUGUACCCUGGGUAGGACAGUGGGCCCAGCCAGAGCAGCUGGAAAUGGUAAAGAAGAGACUCAGGCCUGGGACAGCAUCUGCCUGCAUUUGCAGGCAGGAAAAUCCUGGGAAGACAGCAGAGCUGACCUAAAGGUAAGGAGACGUUCACACUGCCUGAAAGAAAAGUAAGCUUUCCCUAUGCCCCUAACCCUUUGCAGUGUAUAAGCCCUUUUACCCAUAUCUCCAUUUGAUUUUUACAACUUCCCUGUAUCGAGAUUUUAAUUAAUAUAACUUUACAGAAGAGGAAGACACCAAGAGAGGCUAAGUGAGUUGCUCAAGGUCACACGGCAGGCAGCAAGCAGAUUUCGCACGAGAAGCCAGCUCCCCUGACCCUGUCUGGUCACCGUACCAGUCAGUCCUGAUUUUUUUUGGCCCCACAAUUGGCCUUGUGCUCCCUCUUUGGACUCCUUGAUUUUGUUCAGUCAUAAUUAGCAUGUCAAUCAGAAGAGAGUUCAAAUUUCCCGGAGUCUGUGUCUCAUGGGGAGGCAAGAAAAAGAAUCAGGAGGGCAUUGAAGUAAUUCAGGUAAGAGAUCAUUUGUUUAUUCACCUAAUAAAUAUUUUGAACACCCACUAUGUGAAAAUCACUGUUAUAGGUGUUAGGGAUACAGCAGGAGCCGAAAAACACGGCCCCUGAUACCAGGGAGCUUACAUUCUAGUAGAAGAGAAAGACCAUGAAUAAGUGAAGAAAUAAAGCGAUUACAGAAUGGGGGUAGAUGCUGUGAAAGAAACAAUAGAGUGAUAUCACAGUGGCGGGAUACUUGAGAUGAGGGCAAGGAAGGUCUGAGGCCUGAAUAAGGAGCCAACCAUAUUGCAAAGGGAACAGCACAGUUAAAAGCCCUGACAUAUGAACGAUUAUGACAAGGCCUGCUGUGGAUGGAUUUGGCAACAUUUAGAAGGAAGAAUCAACAGGACAGACUAGAUGUGGCGGUUGAAGGUUGAACUUUAGCACUUUGCUUGGAUGGAAGGUGCCACUCCCUGAAUUAGGAAACUGAAGGAGGAGCAGGAUUUAAGAGACAGGCAUUUCCCCUAUGCAGGGCUUUCAGUCCCAUCUGUGUAACAGGUUGAUCAGACUAUAUGACAACCAAGGUUAGAACCAGUUCUUAAGAAUAUUAUCCUCAUACUACUGAAUUCCAAAUGGAUCAAAGAUUGCAAUAUAAAAAUAAGUCCUAAAAAUAAUAAACCAUGGGAGGUGUUUUUCUUUUUAAACCUCAAAGUGAGAAAAACUACAACACGAAAUCCAGAAUCAAAAAUUAAGGAUGGAUAAAUUUGACCCCAUAAAUAUCUUACGUUUUUGCAUAGCAGAAAACACUCUGGGCAAAGUCAAAAGUCAACAAACUGGGAAAAAAUAUUUGCAACUCAUCUAACAACUGAUUUCCCUAAUAUAUAGUGAACUCCUAUGAAUCAAUAAGAAAAUGGGCAAAGGGGGAGCCUGGGUGGCUCAGUCAGUUAAACAUCUGACUCUUGGUUUCAGCUCAGGUCAUGAUCUGGGGUAGUGAGAUCAAGCUGAGCCCUGCAUCGGGCUCUGAACUCAGCAGGGAGUCUGCUUGAGAUUCUCUCCCUCUGCCCCUCACCGACCCUGCCCCCCAUCGGCUCUUGCAUCCCUCUCUCUCAAAUAAAUAAAUAACUCUAAAAGAGGGGGGCACCUGGGUCGCUCAGUCACUUGAGUGGCUGACUCUGAAUUUUGGCUCAGGGUCCUGGAAUCAAGCCCAGGCUCUGCGCUCAGCAGGGAGUCUGCUUGAGAAUUCUGUCUCCCUCUCCAUGCCUGCAUCACGCAUGCUCUCUUUCUCUCAAAUAAUUAUUUUUAAAAAUUUAAAACGAGCAAAGGAUAUAAGCAGACACAUAAAAGUAUGUGUCUCUUAUCUAAAUGAAAUGAGGCUCACUCCACUCAAGAUAAAUGCAAAUUAAACUACCCCAAGAUAGCAUUUUUCAGCUAUCAGAUUGACAAAGAUCAUAAAAUUUGAUCACAUGGUGUUGAUGAUGAGAUGGAGAAACAGGUACUUAUGGAAGAGAAUUGAGCAAUAUCUAUCCAAACUAUACUUGCCCACACCCUUUGAGCCAACUAUCCUACUUCUAGGAAUAGAUCCUACAUAUAUGUAUAUACAAAGUUAUUCAUUGCAGCAGUUAUAACAAAUAGUUUGAACCUAUCUCAGUAACCUUCACUAGGGCACUGAUUAAAUAAAUUACUGUGUAUAAUGGUCUUUUAUAAGCCACAAAAAUUCUCCUGAGAAAGCUCCUUUUGUACUGAUGGAAUGACUUUCAAAAUACAGUAAGCACAAAACCAUACAUAUAGUACACUACUAUUGCUUUAUUUGUGUAAAAUACCUCCCAAAGGACAUUUAAGAGACUGAUUACAUUGUCUGCCUCUGGGGAGGGAAACGAGAUGGCCAGAGGACAGAGAUGGGAAGACUUUUGACGGUAUCAUUUGAACCAGUUAAUGAGUUAUCCUUUCAAAAUAUAAUUUUAAGGGGUGCCUGGGUGGCUCAUUCUGUUAAGCGUCUGCCUUCUGCUUAAAUCAUGAUCUCCGGGUCAUGGAUGGAGCCCUGCCUUGGGCUCCCUGCUCAGCGGGGAGUCUGUUUCCUCCCUCUAUCCCUUCCCCCGCUUGUGCUUCCUCUCUUUCUCUCAAAUAAAUAUUUUUUAAAUAAAUAUAUAAAAUUUUAAAAAUAAAAACAAAACUCCUCUGUGGUUCUAGGUAAAUUGAGUUAGUGAGAGGGGAACCAAUAUUUGAGUUCCUACCUCGGUCCAGAUACUGUUCCAAGCACUAUAUUCUUCCGUACAUACUACCCCAUUUAGUUACCCAGCUAGUCUAUCGAAAUGGGAUAAAUUAUUCUAAUUUUCCAGUAGAAAAUAAACUGGCCAAGUAAUUUAGUGUCAAGCCUAAUCUAGCUCCAAAACUCCAGCCUUCUCCACUUUACACACUGCUUCUAUUGAAGCAACUUGUCCUAUUUUUUUAAAAAUAAUAUUGGUAAAAGGCGAAAAUCAUAUGGGCACUUGCGAUGUGCUGGGAACAGUACUAAGUGUUUGACGUAUCUAUUCUCAUGUAUAAUUCUCCAGUCUAAUCUGGAAGGUUGGGAUUUCUGGCCCCCUUAUACAGAGAAGACAAACGGGUUUUAAAGAGGUGGCGCGUAAUGGGCCCAAGGUCACGGAUACAAAGACGGUUAGAAGCCAGACUUAACUCCAAAGCUGCUCAGAAGUCGAAACCACUCCCGGUUCAAAGGACAAAAGCAGGAACGUUCGCUGGGCGGAGACAGUUGCCGGCACUUCCGGGGGGAGGAGCGAAGCCACCCGGCUGCAAAAGCGGCGCCGGCCCUGCCACAG